AUGGAGACCGUAGGGGCAACUGCUUCCAUUGUCGGCAUCGUCUCAUUUGAGUUAGGCCUAGCAAAAAGCCUACAAGCCUUUAUCGACACCAUAAUCGAGGCGGAGGAGACCAUCACGCUCAUCAUAGCAGAGGUCAACGCCACAGCGUCGACUCUGGAGCGCCUUCAGGACUUCAUUGACCAGGACAAGGCCUCUAGCGAGGAACACCAUCGCGCCACGGCCUUCAACAACACGGCUGUCGAAGAGAUCGGAGCGUGCGCUUUACAAUGCCAAAAGAUCUAUGUCCAGAUUAUCGUGCUCAUUGAGAAGGCCAGCAUGCAGGCUGGCGAAGAAGAGGCUGGAGACGCGGGUCCGCAGGCCUCAGCCGCAGACGACUUGAGCGUGGCCAAGCCCUUUGGCUGCCAGAGUCUCUAA